GCGGAGGCCUCCACCAUGGUGCAAAAAAAAAACCUGUUUUCCGAGCACUGGAACGCGGACGACAUUCCCAGCGCAGCACCAGCAUCCGACUUUCAAGGUUAAAGCAAGGCAGCAUGAUGAGAAUGAGCUGUUGUUGGCUGGCUCCCGGGCUAACAGCAUUUCUCCAGCUGCUACAGCACAAUGCAACCCAUUAAGUGUGUUGUCGUUGGAGACGGAGCAGUGGGUAAGACCUGUCUGCUCAUCGGCUACACCACCAAUGCCUUUCCCGGAGAGGAAAUCCCCUCUGUGUUCGACAACUACUCCACCAAUGUUAUGGUGGAUGGGAAGUCAGUGAACCUGGGCCUUUGGGAUACAGCAGGACAAGAAGACUACGACAGACUCCGCCCCCUUUCCUACCCAGAGACGAAUGUGUUUCUCAUCUGCUUUUCACUCGUGAUGCCUGCCUCGUAUGAAAACGUCCGUCAUAAGUGGUGCCAUGAGGUGAGACACCAUUGUCCCAACGCUCCCAUAAUCCUCGUAGGCACCAAACUGGACCUGAGAGAUGACAAGGACACCCUGGAAAAGCUGAAGAAGAAUAAAAUCUCACCAAUUACUUAUUCUCAAGGAGUGGCCCUGUCCAAAGAGAUUGGUUCUGUCCAGUACCUGGAGUGCUCAGCCCUGACGCAACGUGGCGUUAAAACUGUGUUUGAUGAGGUCGUUCGGGCUGUCCUGUGCCCUUCACCCAUCAAAAAGAAGGCAAAUAGAUGCUCUGUCCUCUAAGACUUCCUUCACUGGAACUGUUACAGGGGAACGUGACUGCUCCUGGUGAGGGUGGCUGAAGAAAUACAAGAAAAACACCAGUACACAUGCACAAAAACAAUGUAUUUCUGUCCUUCCAUAACAGUUUCCAUCUUUCCAUGUAACAGUUAUACCAAUACACUGUCACUAAUACUUGGUUGCUUGAUGGGAACACUUGUUGGCUGCCCCACCCCACCAUUUCCCCGGUACCCAGUACUCACCCCUAAACUAUGGUUGGCCUUCUAGUUAUUUAUAUUAGAUAGCUAUUAUUCAAAAUGUUAUUUGAAUUCAUCUUUAUUAUGUCUUCCUCUUUACUUGCACAGUCAGUCUGAGCACUUCACUGUACGAUAUACUUCUAUAACUGUGUAUGUGACAAAUAAAAUUGAAACAUUCUUGGAGACCUGGAAUUUAAAUGUGCUU